AUGCCUUCUUCUUCUUCUUUUUCAUCUCUCCACCUCCUCCUUUCUCUCUUCACUUUCUAUUUCUUCUCCCAAUCCUCCAUUAAUGCCCAAGAAUCCAACUCUUUAGACUCUGUCUGCAAACAAAGUACAUGCGGAAACGUCAUCAUCUCCUCCCCGUUUUGGUCACGCAGCUCUAACGAAACCUCCGCCGCCACCGCCGUCAGAGCUUACUAUUGCGGCUACUAUGGGUUCGGGAUUGAUUGUGUCGAUAAUCAACCCAUUUUCAACAUUUCUAACGUUAACUACACCGUUCAAUCUAUCAAUUACAUCGAUAAAACCUUCACAAUCUUUGAUACGAACGCAAUCAAGACAAACCCAUCAUGCCCCAGAGCUCGUCACAACGUUUCAAUCGAACAUCUCCCUUUGGGUUUCUCAAGUUCAGAUCUGAAUCUCACGUUUUACUUCAACUGCAGCAGCAAUUUGUCGAAUCACGCCAAGGAUAUAGAGUGUUUGAAAUCUGGUGAAGAAUUGUCUUUCGUAUUUGUGAAGGGGAAGGAACCAGAGUUACCAGAUGGGGGUUUUAUUAAUUGGGCUUCGGAUUGCGAUGAGGUUGUGGAUGUGACGGUGAUCGAUGGGGAAAUCGAUCAAGGAAAUAAUCUAAUUGUGGGAUUUCCCGCGGCCAUGAAAAAAGGAUUCGAAUUGAAUUGGAGUCAAUCGGAGGAUUGUGAAAAGUGUAUGAACACAGAUGGAAGGUGCGGCGUUAGUAAACUUAGCGAUGGAACAGAGAAUUUCGCGUGUUUUUGCUCUAACGAUGGCGGCUUCAAAACCACUAAUAAUCAUUGCGGAGGGUCAAAACGCGUGAAACUUAUCGUAGUUCUUGUGACAGGCCUUAGUGUGCCUAUAGGCACCCUUCUUGUGGCAGGCAUUGCAUUCCUUCUCUACCGUCGUUACAAAAAGAAAAAGCGACAACAACGUUAUUAUUCGAAUUCCUCGUCUUGGACUAGCUCUCAGAUUACUUCUUCUUCUUACACAUCCUCGAAAAAGGUCGACAUCGAAAAGGCUAGCAACUACUAUGGAGUUCAAAUCUUUGGUUAUAGCGAACUUGAUAAAGCCACCAACCAUUUUGAUUCGAAGAAACAACUCGGAGAUGGAGGGUUUGGUUCGGUUUAUCUAGGAAAACUCCGGGAUGGUCGUCAUGUCGCGGUGAAAAGAUUAUACGAGAACAACUACAAGAGGGUAGAGCAAUUCAUGAAUGAAGUCGAGCUUCUAGCCCGUCUUCGCCACAAAAAUCUAGUUAGCCUUUACGGUUGCACAUCGUCAAAAUGCCAAGUUCUUUUGCUUGUUUACGAGUACAUUUCAAAUGGAACAGUAGCAGAUCACCUCCACGGAAGAAAAUCCAAGACAGGUUCUCUCCCGUGGAUAACCAGAAUGAGCAUUGCAGUCGAGACAGCCAAUGCGCUCACUUUUCUUCACAUUUCGAAAGUAGUCCAUAGAGAUGUCAAAACCAAUAACAUUCUCCUCGACGACAACUUUUGCGUAAAAGUUGCUGAUUUUGGCCUCUCUCGCCUAUUCCCAACCGAUGUUUCCCAUGUCUCGACUGCUCCUCAAGGUACACCCGGAUAUGUAGAUCCAGAGUACCAUCGGUGUUACCAGCUAACCAACAAGAGCGACGUGUAUAGUUUUGGAGUUGUUCUCGUUGAGCUCAUAUCUUCUAAGUCACCAGUAGACAUAACUAGACAUCGACACGAGAUUAACCUUUCGGCCAUGGCUAUCAAUAAGAUACAAAAUAGAGCGUUACACGAGCUAGUGGACACGACCCUUGGAUUUGAGACGGAUUCAAAGGUAACCACGAUGAUUACUAAGGUGGCGGAAUUGGCAUUUCGAUGCCUACAAAACGAGAGUGACUUGAGGCCUACUAUGGAAGAGGUUUGUAAAAUCUUAAAGGAGAUUCAAAGGGAAGGGUAUGAUGCAAAUCAUGUGGAUGCUGAUGAGUUAGAUGUUAUGGAGGAUGAUGUUGUCCCAUUGAGGAGCGAUCCUGCACUUCUAUCCCCAAAUUCGACAACCCAAUCUUCUAUGGUAAUUCCGAGUGCUUAAAAUGUUGUAACAUAUAAUUGGGGUUGGUACAAGAAAGAAGACUAGUGGAAGAAAUAGAGAUUGCUGGGAUUCUCAUGAUUCCUCACUUUUCCUCGUAUAGAAAUUCAUGAUUGAGUUACACAAAAUUUUGUAUCAAUAUAAAUUAAAAUAAAAGACAAAAAAUGUUACAAAUACAAAUGUUAGAAAUGUCAUAU